AUGGCCGAUGUCAUAACGGACAGGAUUAAUGAAACAUCUGAGAUUAAAGUGUUCGAAAUAAAGAAGAGAAUAUCAGAUGCUUAUAAAAUUUUCACUCCUGAAUCAUCUGAAUCCGUGAGCAUCAAAGAAAUAGGAACGUUGGUUCGCUCGCUGGGCUGCUACCCAAGCGAGGCCGACCUCCAUGAGAUUUUCAGAGAAGUUGAAGAUGAAGAUGUUCCAGGAUCCAUUAAGAAAGAUAAGUUUAUCACUUUUAUGGUUAAAGUACUGAUUGAAAAAAGGUACAGACCCGCCUCCAAAAGAAUGCUCUCGAACGCAUUUAAAAUAAUCGACGCUGAGAAUAAAGGAUUCAUUGAUCCUGAUGUUAUGAAGAAAUUGCUGAUGGAAGAAGGAGAACCAUUUUCAUUAGAGGAAGUGGAUGAGAUGUUUUCGGUAGCGGUAAACCAGGAUAAAAAUGGGAUAUAUUACGAUGAUUACAUACUGACAUUGCUAGAUGAACAGAUGCGCGUUUGA